GGGGCGUAUUAUGUACGAAGUGAUCUCUCCGAGAGAACGGUGGAUCCCUUCUAGCACUGGUUUGUGUGGAUUAGGAUCUUGGAUCAGACCCAGGAUAACAUGUCUACCGCAUGUGUACCCAGCAAGAGGAAAAUGUCAAAACCAAAACUAAACCCCCAAACAGCAGAUGUCAUGAAAGAUUUGGGAAGAGAGGCUGAAGAUAGUGGAACGAAAGCAUCCAAAAAUGAGAGGACGAGCUCUCAGAAAAUAAAGAGAACUUACACCAGAAAAAAGUACCAUGAUCUCCAGCCUGUGGUAAUGAGACCUACAGAAGAUUUAGAUCAUGGGUCAUCUUGCAGUUCAGUUAUUACAUCCAGUCUUGCCAAUGGUUCGGAAAGCCAAUAUAUGCACACUGACCACCCCAGUGAAACGAUGGGGAAAACUGAUGGAUCCAGUUUGGAUGCAUUAACAGAGACAAAUUUUAAGGUAAAGAAGAAGCACAAGAUUGAGGAAACUGACCAGCCCUCUUUAAAAAAGUACAUAGAGGAGGUAAAGCAAUCAGUACCUGUCAUAGUUCCUGUUGCUGAGUUCUCUCAGAAGAAUCCGAUAACUGACAGCACACAGGAGCAGAAAUCAUCUCAGCACGCUAAGAAAGAUUCACCUGUUUAUCCACCAGGAAGUCAGGAGGAAAAAUGGCAGCUUCAGAUUUUGGCAAAGGGUAGAGUAAGCUGCCCGAAAUGCAAAAGUGUUGGAAGGAAGACGGUGGAUGGGUUAAAGAAGCACCUGGAAACCUGCAAGUUGAAUCCUUUUACAUGUCCACACUGUGGAAAACAACUGAAAACGUCAACUGGAAUGAAGUACCACCUCAUGGCUGACCAUAACAACUUGUCCAUUCCAGAUUCGGGGAAUGACCUUGCUGACCAAGCAGUAAAGGAGAAAUUACGGAAAGUAUUAAAAAGGAUGGGCAAAUUAAAAUGUUCAAAAGAGGGUUGCACUGGAAGUUUCACUAGUAUAAUGGGUUAUGUGUACCACAUGAAGAAAUGCGGCAAAGAGGCGUCAGAGCUGGAGAAGCUCUUACUGAACUGCAAGCACUGUGGGAAAGCGUAUCGUUCCAGAGCGGGCCUGGAGUAUCACGUCAAGAACGAACACAGUCCAACGACUCAAGAAAGUGAAGUAGAGGAGGUGAAGACACAGAAAGAGCCCAUCCCAGAGCGGAUGCAGAGCGGACGGGCCAAGCGCUUGUCGGCGCAGGUUGCCGUGUUUCACCUGAGGGAGAUCGCCAGUGAGGAGCUGCUGAAGGAAUGGCCCAAAAGGAAAGUGCAGCGUGACCUGGUACCAGAUGACAGGAAGCUGAAGUAUUCGCGCCCAGGUCUGCCGGCCUUCAGUCAGGAGACUCUGCGGAAGUGGAAGAAUGAAGUCAAACUGCAUAAAAAAGUGCAGUGUCCGAACAAGGGAUGUAACUGCUUCUAUACCAGCGUCUCUGGCCUAAAGGCUCAUCUUGGGCUAUGUACCUUGGGUGAAUUUGAGACUGGGAAAUAUAAAUGCUUGAUAUGUAAGAAAGAAUUCAACUCUGAAAGCGGAGUCAAGUAUCACAUCAAUUCCAUUCAUUCUCAGGAUUGGUUUGUUAUUAAGUCCAAGUCUAAGAGUUCAAAGUUAGAUAAACUGCACAAGACUGAGCCAAAGGAAGAUUCCAUGAAGAGUCCAGAUCUUUCCUCACCGAACCCAACCCUCAGCUUCCCCAGCGCCUGGCAGGAUAGACAGAUGUCAGAGGUGCCCAUGUCAAGCGGAGUGGAAGCCCCAGGAAAAGCGGAAAUAAAGAGGAAGGAGGGGCAAAACAAACAGAAAGAGAAGGAAAGCAGACAUGAGAAAGACUGCUAUGAGUUCAGUGACAGUCCCAGCACUAGCAGCAGUAGUGAGAGCACCAGCAGUGAGUCUGAGACCGAGGACUCAACGGCCCAUAGACAUGAUAAAUGGGCCCUCAGCAGGCCCCUCGCGAAGCCUGUGUCCAUUCAGCAACCUGAAAGUGAUUCAUAAACCUGCUCCUGCUCCAAAUGUGGAGUUUUUCCAGUGUUCAUCUCCAAAGAGUUAACAGAUACUCAUCCAUUCAAAGGUUUAAUGUCGGUAAGAUUCCAGAGAUGUCUCAAAGGCUGCAUUUAUUUGAUCAAAAAUACAGUCAAUUUUUUUUUUUAAGUAACUCGUUUCUAUUUUAAUGUAUUUUAAAAUGCCAUUUAUUCCUCUGUUGGCAAAGCUGAAUUUUUAGCAUCAUUCUUUAGUGUCACACGAUCCUUCAGAAAACAUUCUAAAACGUUAAUUUGGUGCUCAAGAAAUGUUUCUUAUUAUUAUUAACAUUUAAAAAGUGCUGCUUAAUCUUUUAGUGCAAACUGUUCAGUGCAUACUUUUCACGAUUUUUGAUUAAUACAAACUAGUUAAAAAGAACAGCAUUUAGUCUGAAAUAUAAUCGUUAACAUUAUGUCUUGACUUUUGAUCAAUUGAAUGCAUCAUUGUUGAGUAAUAUCUUUAUUACGAGGGUUUGUUGAAUUGAGCUUUCCUUGUAUUGAUAUGAGUAACUGCAUAUAUUGAAAGACCACAUGCAAAUAUUUCAAAAUGUUAAAUAUUAAAAUGUAAUUUUAGGAAUAAAGUAUAAACCAUGUGUAUUGAAUUAUGUUUAUUUUUCUGUAAGAUUUGUCUCGUUCUCUGUAUCUCUUAAGUUUCACAGUGGACCAGUGACCGACUUUAUUAAAACAGUUGCAUGCAACAA